AUGUUUGAAAAGUCUACAUAUCCAGCAUUAGAAGAAUUGAAACAACCGUUAUCACCAGAACAAUUAAUAAUUCUUAGAAAUCAAUUACAAUCAGAAGAACCAAAUCCAUCAGCCCAAACCAAAUUCAACUAUGCAUGGGGGCUAAUCAAAUCCAACCACUUAAGACAACAGAAGGAUGGGAUUGCAAUCUUAGUAGAACUUUAUAAGUCUGAAGAAAGUAUGAGAAGAGAAGUAUUGUAUUAUUUAAGUUUGGGUUCUUUUAAAGUGGGUGAUUAUACGAAUGCAAAACGUUAUGUUGAAGCUUUAUUAGAAUUUGAACCUGAUAAUUUACAAGCAAAAUCAUUGUUAAGUAAUAUUGAAGAUAAGAUAACUACUGAUGGAUUGAUUGGGAUAGGUAUAGUAGGUGGUGCAUUGGCUAUUGGUAUUGGAUUGAUUGGGGCAAUGAUCAUGGGCAAUGAGUUGGGAAACAAUAUAGCAAAAUGCGUUAUUGAAGAGUUCAACAGACUAAACCUAAAAUCUGGGAAGCCAGUUACUCGAUCCAAUGGAAUUAAGGAAUGGACAGUAUUAGCUUCAGUUGUUGCCUUAGUUGAAGAGGAGAUUAUUCCAAUCACAUUAUCAACAGGCGUGAAAGCACUACCAGACAAAACACGAACAUACUCACAUGGUCUAAUGGUUCAUGACAUGCACGCAGAAAUACUAUCGUUAAGGUUAUUUAAUUGGUAUUUAUUAGAUGAAUGUACUAAACUUCGAAGUAACCCAUCGGAUAAAUCUAGUAUACUUCUUGAGAGUGAGGGAGAUUAUUUCAAGCUUAAGCCUGGUAUCAAGCUUGCAUUAUUUAUAUCGGAGCCGCCAUGUGGAGAUGGAUCAAUGCAGUAUUUAUCUUCUACUUUGGAAGAUAAUAAACCUUGGGAAGAUGUACCCAAGGAACCUCCUAAGAAGAUCCAAAAACAAGAUGUACAUAGAGGAAGAAGUAAUUUUGAUAAAUUAGGCAUAGUUCGUACAAAACCAGGAAGAUCAGAUAGUUUAAUUACCCUCUCUAAAUCUUGUUCUGAUAAACUUUGUUUAAGACAGCUUAUUGGUAUUACAAAUGCAGUGACAUCAAGUUUAUUCAAGGAAGAGAUUUAUCUUGAUUAUAUCGUAGUCAAAGGGAUGCAUUCUGAGGAUUUUCAAAGAUGCUUUAUUUCUAGAUUCAAAUUGCCUGGGGCACAUCAUUUAAAAUUAAUUGAAUACGAUUCGGAUGAAUACGAAUAUCAUAAACCCAACGCCGGGCAGAAUAUGGUACCGGCUCCACUUUCGCUACUAUGUGUUCUUCCCACUAAGAUGGUUCAAGUUCUAAAUAACGGCGUUAAAAAUGGAUCUUUUGUUAAGAAUAAGCCGCCUAGAGCCGGUGGUGAAAGUAUCAUCUGUAAGCGCAGUCUUGUGGGAAAAUUAAAGGAAUUGAAGUCUCUAGAGUGCAAAGAUUAUAAUGAAUUAAAGAGCUCUAAUAAGAAACGAGAAAGUCUUAAAACCAUUGGAAAGGAGACCCUAAGUAAUUGGGUUUCAAGUGGUAGUGAUAAUUUUGAAAUUUUAUAA